GGCUUAGGGAAAUCACACAAUCCGAGGGAUCUGUUCGUCAACUGACCAAACCAGGUGCUUGUCAAACGUCCCUGUCGAUUAUAUAUGUUUAUGUGUUGGCGAUCACAACAAAAGAUCCCGGGAAUAUUUCAAAUGUACCAGAACAAUAUGAAAUAAUCAGCCCAUUCUUAUUCCGAUCUUUAGCAUUAUUGGCACACAUGACGUCAGUCGCUUAUCAACCAACUAUUGUUCUAAGUGUUAGCCUCCGGUAGAAAACAUUGUAUCUGGCAUAUAAAGCUUUAGCAAACGAGUUGAGACCGCACCAAAAACAUCGAACGCACUAGUUCUGCCGCUCACUCUCCGUUCAUCGGAUCAUGGGAGUUUUUUUCCUGAAUUUCCUUAGGGCUCUAAAAGGCCCGACUAAAAACUUACUCUUACGAACGACUUUGUUUUUUGUGUAUCUACUGUUCGGGGCUGCUGUCUUUCAAACCAUUGAAUCAGGCGAGGAGCGACGCGAGAAACAUCACUUUGAACUGGUGCGCCAAAAUAUGGCAGAAAAAUACAAUAUAUCUGAGAAAGACAUGGCAAAUCUGUUUCUGGAAAUUUCAAAGGCGGUUGAUGAAGGUUAUUUCGAUGUCAAUUACGAUCGGUGGAGUUUUGCGGGCUCGCUUUUUUUCACAGGGACUGUUGUUACUACGAUAGGAUACGGCAAGAUGGCACCAGCCACAGUAUGGGGACGAGUAUUUUGUAUAUUCUACGCCAUAUUUGGUAUCCCAAUCACAGGAUUAAUGCUUAAAUCUAUCGGAGAGAGAAUCACRGAAGGCAUUGCUAAUUUCUUUCGCCUUGUAGACAGACGAGUGUGUAAUCGAGAACCACAAUCAAUCCAUACAAAGACUGUUAUCGCAGUGUUUGCUAUAGUUAUCUCAAUGGUACUGUUACUAGCUGCCCUUGCCAUGGAAUACGAAGGAUGGACUUACUUCGAAGGUCUCUACUUCGGCUUCAUUACACUCAGCACCAUUGGCUUCGGUGACUAUGUUCCAGCUCAUCCUUCAGAAUACCAGAAUCACCCAGCAUUUGUCAUCAUUUUUACAGCUAUCACCUUCGUUUACUUUACUGUUGGCCUAGCACUCGUCUCCAGUGCCCUACUUGCAAUCAGCCGGUUGUUUGAGGACGACCCGCCAUGGGGGUUCAUUUCCCUGGGAAUGAAUCAAGAUGAUGACGAUGAAGAUCGAAUCACACGCGAAAAACUACAAGCCCACAAACUCCACGAUGCGACCAAAAGUGAUGUCCAUUAACAUAUAUUAAAUCUAUGACUACAAAUGUUCGGGAACACAUUUAUUUAUGAAUUCCGUUAACAUGAGGGAUAGACUGUGGACAAAAUACAACAGAACAACCUAAAUCUAUCAGGGAUGUUAAGAAAUGGGGGAUUUUUUGGUUUGUCCUAACAACAACUGGGUAUCCUAUGUUUUAACAUCGACUUUAUAAACUGGUAAUUGUGGCGCAAUAGUCCUUUAAGUAUUGGAAAUGUUGCUGUCAAUGUUCUACAUUUUUUCAUUGACUAGACGAUGGAAAGGGUUUCGUGUAGGACUUACCAACUACUUACAGCUGUUACUUCCUACGGAAGCCAGCCAGCAACUAUAACAACGAAUCUUAAGUCCUAUGAAGAAAGAAGACGCAAUCAGACUUAAGUUAAGAAACCGAGAGAGAAACAAGAGUGAUAAAGCGGCGGCGCACGUAAAGGAUUCUUACCAACUACUUACAGCUGUUACUUCCUACGAAAGCCAGCCAUAACAACGAAUCUUAAGUCCUAUGAAGAAUGAAAACGCAACCAGACUUAAGUUAAGAAAUCGAGAGAGAAACAAGAGUGUUAAAGCGGCGACGCACGUAAAGGGUUCUGGUGUGAUGCAAGAUAAAGUGUCGGAUGGUGCUGGACGUACUCUUGCAACUUGAAAACUUGAUGAACAAAUCAAACGAGUCAUUAUAAAAAGGGUAACAUUACUAUUUUGAAAUACAUAAAAAUAUAAAUAGAUAUAUGUGUAUAUAUAUAAUACUGAACUCCAUCUCCAAAGAUAUCAAAUAGGCGGAAAACAUUUCCGGUAUUAUUAUGGGUUACGAACAGAUAUUUAUUUUUUGUAUAAGACAUGUAAAUACUUUAAAGUCUAUGAGUAUUAUAAUUGGGUGGGCUCAGUUUAAUGUUAUUGCAAUUGGUGCUUUAUUUCAUCUGUGUGUGUGUGUGCAUAUGUGUGUAUUUAGGCCCUGGCUAAACGAGGAAACAUUUGCAGAAACAUGUUUACCGUGCGCGCGCAUGUUCCUCCGAUGUUUCCAAGUUUACCUGCAAAAGUCAACAUUCUAAAAGUUCGUUACUUAGCAACGCUCGUUCUAUCUAAAGUUCAAGGUUCAUUUGAAAAUGCGCAUGCGCAAACCGAUGAAGGAAGCAUGUUUCUGAAAACAUGUCUCCUCGUUUAGCCAGGGCCUUAGUGUCAGAGUGUACUAAGGCUAGAAUAGAUUCUAACCUAUUUAUGUUAGUUGCGUAAUCGAUCAUAUGGCGCGCGCAACUGUAUAUACUAACAGUAUACUAUCAAAUGUAUCAAUGAAUACUAUUAACAUAUCUUAUUACUGCUUCAGUAUCAAUUUAAGGCAGCUCUGGUAGUCUGCCACAAGGCCUCGGGUAAGGCUAUCUUAUAUUUUUCAUUACAGACUAUAUUAAUAUAUUAUUAAGGAUUAUCAGUAAUCUUACUAAGGGUUUUUUUUUCUUAUUUCUUAUAUAUAUCACUCUAUAUGAUAAGUUAUAUGCCAAAGAGAAGUCACACAGAAAUACCACCAUGAAUAAGGCGAAGUGAGAAAAUAGCUUUUAUCCUAUUACAUGAGGUAUUUCCAUAUUUGUGAUGUUAAAACAUAAAUAUAUUUUCAAAUACUAUUUUACCUCAAGCAGCGUUCCAUCUUUAAAAUGUUGUCUAAGUUGAUGCGUUUCUUGUGUCGUCGUAUCAACCAUAAAGUUAGAGUUGAAAAAAAAAAAACGAAGUUAACUUUUAAGGCCGGUUUAGACAGUACGAUUUUCGCCUACAACUAUCGUAUACAACACGCUCGCGUCUGUCGUAGGCGAGUUGUAGGCUUGGUUUACACGCUACGACUUGAGUUGUAGGAUGGCGCGAGCGUGUUGUAUACGAUAGUUGUAGGCGAAAAUCGUACCGUCUAAACCGGCCUUUAAAUUGGUUGGUACUUACUAAACUAAUAAUAUCCAACAUGACAGUUUUUUUAUUCUUUUGGGAAUCAUCGUAAACUAGGAAUAUAUCUUUUCCUAAUCUCCUCCAUCUAUACCCCAGCUCUUCCGCGUUUCGUUAGUGGGUUAAGCUAGAAGUAAUGUAGAUGAUUUAUUAGAGAGUUUUAGAUUGACUUUUUUUUCUCCCCGCAAACGGCAAAGGUGACCACGUUUUCAUCGUUUUCCUGUAUUUUACUUUACCUUUUACAAAGCUUCUCACCAAGCGCAAAUACUCUUUUGUUUUUCUACUACUGCGCGAUUCUUUUUCAGUAAUUUAAAAGGAUUUUUUACUGGUCAACUGACGUUUCACGUUUGCCGUGAACGUAAAUCUAGAACUCAAAUAGCAGUAAAGAGGAAUUAUGCAAGGUUGGGCUGGAACUAGUUUAGUUUAUUGUGUAAACUGAGUGGUGCAGGAAUGUGUUGAGUAAUGGUUGCCUCUUGUAAGCAAGGACCAAACCGGCUUUACAUGUAACGCAUAAAACAGGAUCAAUAGUUCUUUCGUUUUUUCACCUAGUAAUUUUUGGGAUUGUAGCAUUUUCAGCCUUGAUAUAUUUUUAUCUAUCGACAAGCUUCAAAAGUGUAAAGUUAAAUACAAUAAAGUACUUAUAGAUAGGUCAAUUAUACAAGAUGAGCGGAGGAAUAAGCGGUUAUAGAAAGUAAUAUAUACCAUGCAAUAUUAGUUUUAUUUGAUAUUUGUAACAAAGGAGUAAUAUAUAAUAACAAAUUCAUAUAUUUUCAUUUUAAUAUUAUUUUUCCUUAACACUUUUAAAUAUUGGACAGUUCAGGUUGACUAUUGUUCCUCGUGUAACUAAGUAAAGGUAGUCAGGUAUAAAGGUACUCUUCUCUUAUGUAAAGUAAGUUAUGGAAAUGGGAAAGGACAAUUAUAUAGCAAUGAAUAUUUUUUAUAUAUAAAGAUAUCUGCAUUAUGUUUCAUGGAAUUGAAUAUUUAUAAGAGUCGUUAAGUAAUCGACUAUCAAAGCUCCACAAAGAAUAGAUUAAUAUUGUAAUCUGAAUUGCAAACUAAAGCGAAAAGCACUGAUGAAUGAAGUACAAGGUGGCUGUUUUUGUGGAGCUUUGGAAGACAUUACUUGUUAAAUGGGUAUUUUGUUGAAUUGAUGAUAAUGGCAUUAUAUACAAUAAAGUAAUAAAAGACA